AUGUGCAAAAAUAACUCUAGGAAAGCAGAGCGGCAAUCGGGAAAGCAGAGAGACAAUCGGGAAAGGACAGAGACAAUCGGGAAAGCAGAGAGACAAUCGGUAAAGCAGAGCGACAAUCGGGAAAGCAGAGCGACAAUCGGGAAAGCAGAGCGACAAUCGGGAAAGCAGAGAGACAAUCGGGAAAGCAGAGAGACAAUCGGGAAAGCAGAGAGACAAUCGGGAAAGGACAGAGACAAUCGGGAAAGCAGAGCGACAAUCGGGAAAGCAGAGCGACAAUCGGGAAAGCAGAGCGACAAUCAGGAAAGCAGAGAGACAAUCGGGAAAGGACAGAGACAAUCGGGAAAGCAGAGAGACAAUCGGGAAAGCAGAGCGACAAUCGGGAAAGCAGAGAGACAAUCGGGAAAGCAGAGAGACAAUCGGGAAAGGACAGAGACAAUCAGGAAAGCAGAGAGACAAUCGGGAAAGCAGAGCGACAAUCGGGAAAGCAGAGCGACAAUCGGGAAAGCAGAGAGACAAUCGGGAAAGCAGAGCGACAAUCGGGAAAGCAGAGAGAUAAUCGGGAAAGCAGAGAGACAAUCGGGAAAGCAGAGAGACAAUCGGGAAAGCAGAGCGACAAUCGUGAAAGCAGAGCGACAAUCGGGAAAGCAGAGCGACAAUUGGUAA